GCGUCGGGAGCUUGCGCCAGUUCGGCUUGCGCCGCACAGAGAGACGCGCGCCGCUUCGCUUGGAGCCGCGAUCCGAAGUCCGCGUAUCACAGUAUCGUUUCAUCCGCUCUAACUUUCGUCACCCCCAAUCAACGUGACCGAUAAUCGUAAUAACUUACUUCCGUGCGCGCUGUUUCGAGGACUGAUUCUUCACCUUGUGGAAUUUCAAUAAGAGAAAAACUUGCUAUACAUGAAAUCAGAAACGAAUUUGGUGAUGUUGAACAAUUGAAUUCAGUGACACCGAUCGCAAAUGAUAUUCAGGAAACAUUUUAGAAAUUCCGAAAAAUAGUUAUGUAGUGAGAGUUGAAGAAAAGUACAGUGAUGGACAUUUUAAUUUAAUAUAAGCUUUGAGAGGUAGAAGGUCAAGGAACGAGACUGAUACCGAUAAAAGUCUAUCACAUCCGGAACGUAAUUGAGAGGAUAAAGACUGCAUUCAGGAGGAUUCCAUCAGGGUAUUAAGUGCAACCAGAUAAUUGCGAAGUAUCGUCGAAGCUUGACUUGAAGAAUGGUUUAGUGACCGUCGCGGUACGGUGAGAUCCAGGAGUCGUAAUUCAUGCUUACUGUCUUCUCCCGAAAAUCCUCGAGUUGUAUCGUCGCGUUAGACUAAUACAAGUUAUGUGACUUAGGUGGAAGGAAUCCUGAAUUCCGUACACUUGUUUACGAGCGGGAUACGCGCGCAGGUGUUUCUGACUUCGAACGCACAAAGCACGUACUUAGUUGUAACGACUUCGGUGUUGACGUACGAUUGACCAAGAAUUACGGGAAAUCGCGUACCACCUACGCAUUCCGAGCACUCACGAGCAGUUUGUGUUGUUAUUUUUUUCGUUUCGUGUGAUGUGUAACAAGAAGUAUUACGGUUGCCGUUAGUUUACGGUGGAACUCAUUGAGAGGAAUCGGUUUCGUCGACCGAACUCGCUUUAUGCGGACGGAUUUUCCCAUUUGCUUUCUACAGAGAGUGCAGAUUUCGUAUAGUGUCAUAACAUUUCGGACUGAUAACGGUGAGAUUGGCUUGGCUGAACAACGGUGAUUAGGCCUGCGGCGAUUCGAUCCGAUUAAUUUGCAGAAACGUCGAACUGUGAUCAACCCGUCUGGUUCCCGUUUCACAAUUCGUCUCUUGUCAAAUUCAUUCUGGAAUUCUUCCACUCGUUGGAGGGACAAUAGAAAACGUAUCGGUCCGCAGAUUCCCGGGCGUGAUCAGAAAUCAUGAGGUGGCUGUGGAUUAUCGUGUUGAUAGCUCUAGCGCUGCCAGCGGCUGUGCCACGGAGGACGCAUCGCAGCAAACCGACGCCAAGAUUGUACGGGGAAAGGGUACCCGUCAAGCUGUUAAGGACAAGCAACAGCAGAGUCCGGCAGAAGAUCGUCGAUACUCAUAAUUAUUUUCGCACCCAGGUGAAACCACCAGCGGCCGACAUGCUCGUCAUGAAAUGGCAUCCUGGAUUGGCUAAAGCUGCUCAAAGAUGGUCCAACCAAUGCCUCGGAUUAGUACAUGAUAACGCGACUGGUCUCUACUUGGAUGGUUUCGGACAGAGCGGGCAAAAUAUUUUCAUAUCAACAAAAAGGACACUCUGGAACUUCCCCAUCAGAAUGUGGUACAACGAGUACAAGGAUUAUAAAUUCGGCGACGAUGAGGGGAACGACUUGCACGAGAUCGGGCAUUACACGCAAAUCGCGUGGGCCGCUACGCACUUGGUUGGCUGCGGCGUGAGCCACUGCACUGGUGGCACGGGUCCGCUCGGCAGAGACUUCUUCAUGUACGUGUGCAAUUAUGCUCCGAGCGGUAACCAGAAGGGCCACCUCGGUCACCCGUACACACCCGGCAAGCCGUGUAGCAUGUGCAAAGAUCACUGCUCGCGAAACAAACUGUGCACGAACGCGUGCUACUAUACGGAUCUCUGGUCGAACUGCGCAGAGCUAGUCAGGACAUUCCGUUCCUGGGUUUGCGAGACGAACACGAACGAGGGACGGGAACGGCGAAAGUUUUGCGGUGCCACAUGCAACUGUAAGGACAAGAUCUACUAUCACCACGGGUAGUGAACAGAUUGAGCAGCGUGCACCAUUUGUUCUUGGCCAAUUUGCACCCGCAGCGUUGGUCAAACGAUCGCGACGAUAAAUCACGUCGGUGCGGGGAUGCAUCGACGAGGCCGCACGAGGUACGAAAUUAUUUUCAAACCGUAGGUUAAGGUCGCCGGAGGGUUUGUUCGUAGUGGUGGUGGUGGUGGUAUUAUAGCGCGACUUGAUAUCAACUUCUGGCAAAAAGUUUCCGUUUGGACGAUGUAGUACGCGACUGAUUAAGAGUGUUAUAGGAGAUAAUUAAUCAAACGUAAUAAUUGUUAUUUCUGUAGAAAACCAUUCAUACUAAAAACCAACUGCGCUGUUAUAAAUUGUAGCUAAUUUACAAAUAAUACAUAAUUUCAAGAUUUCUUACAGCAAGUGAAAAUUAAAAUAUUAAGCACUGUGUAUUUUCAUAAAUUUUUUGCCAGAGGUAUACACAGAUUGAUAGCGGAGCAAAGGGAAAUUUUUCUGCUAAUAAAAUUUUAAUCAAUAUUCGCUGGUGACGUGCUUAUGUCUUUUAAAAGGCGUGGUAGCACAAUAAAAUCGGGAAGCAUAUGAGAAAGUAAAUUUAACUGAAACUGAGCUUGUCUUCAGUUAGGAAGUCUGAACUUCCCCGAGUUUAAUAUAUGACGUUGACCAUUCCGUUUAUAACUAAACGUCGAGCGAGAUAUUCUGUUUUCACGAACAAACUUGAAUUAAGAUUAAACGCGGACGCGUUUCCUGAAUAUAUAUUCUUCGAAUACGCAGUAUAACUGUUCCGUUGCUUCUAUUUCAAGUGGAUAACGUCACGAGUUUGAAUAAGUCAGGAGAAACAAGCGUUUGAUUCGUUUCAAUUAAUUGAAGGAGAAAGAAUAUGUGGCACGGAUAAGUAGAAUUGGACUGUCGUCGGUGGUCAGACAUCUGUUUGAGAAUUUCUCUUUGUUCAGUAAUCACUUUGAACGUCGUCGACCCCCGGAAAUUUGACUCCAUUUUCAGCGAACACCCUCGUGGCUCGCUUCUCUUAGGGGUCGGGAAGAAACCGAGCCCGAAGGCGAACCGCGAAGGGAAAGGAAAUGCGAGGAUAAGGGAUGAGUUUCGUGGUCUGGCGAUAACGGAUAGAAUCAGGCGAAUCCUUUUGAUAUUUGUAAACAAUAAGAAUGUCUAUAUAUACGUACGUAUAUGCAUAUAAACGUAUACAUAUAGUAUAUAUAUAAAAGGUGCAUGCAGUGUGUAAAUAAUUAUACGUGAAUGAGAAGAGAAAAGAAAAACAAUACUUUGUAGAUGACCGUGACAGGUGUAUUUCGGUGCUGUGUUAGAAUAUCGUCGUUUGAUUCCGGACACUCAGCGAGCUCUCAAAGAAUGUGAUUGAUUAAUUUACCGAUAAUACGAUUCAUUAAUCCAUGACCUGUUACGGUUAUAGGAGAUGGUACUAAUUUUAUCAAGUAAAAAGUGAACAAUUAAAUGUACCACACUGUACCACAAUGUUCAUCAGAUCUUUUAUCUGAGACAAAAAUAGUAUUUUGGUAUUUGAUUUUAACUAAUAUAUACAACAUGACAAGUUACAGUAUUUUGUUUGAAUGAAAAUUUACAAAAUUAGCAGUUGACUUUUAUUUCACGUGAAUUACUUUUAUUGACAGGCUUGUGCGUUGCCUAAACGUGGGACUAAAAAAAGAUGUAUUAUAUAAACAUAGCCGGAACUUCUAUCUUAAACGAUGUUUAGCGAUGUAAGUUAAUGCAAUAGUGAAUGUAUAACACAGAAAUCUCGAGACGUUAUUUCCCAUUAAUAUCAUUCGAUUUCGGGAAAACUGUAUAACUGUCUCUCGAGUACUUAUGAAUGCAAAUCGCUUUGUCGUCCAUGAAGACUGUAAAUAAAUUUGGAUCUAUAUAUAUAUCUAUUGCGACGAUUGUCAGACAAUACAUGACUCUAAUACUGUGAAUCAUCAUGGAAAUAACUCGGCUAUUAAAUCAUUUACCCCAGUUUGGAACAGUAACAAGGCAUAAUUGUUUUGGGGAUAUUGAGAAUUGAUAUUGCAUUCACGAGUGCUCGGAAUAAGAGUAUACAUUUUUGAGUGUGCGAUAAGUACUACAACCAAGCUUUUUUUUUGAAUGGAAAAAGUUUUCUUAAUUUAUUAUUCUCUUUUAUCGAUGGCGUCUCCAUUGAAAGUUAUAAACGUGCAUGACAUAUAAAUAUCAGAGACGGAGGAAAUAGAGUAUAAAUGAAGUUGCGGAAUAUAGAAAAACGGACCGAGUUUAAUUUUCGGUUUUUGAAAAUCGGAAAAUGAAAGCAAUAGAGUUUGUGAGCAGUGAAGAGUGCAAUUUAUGUAAGGCAUAUAAAUAAGAAUGUAACGCAAAGUGUACGUAAUUUAACUGGGCUGAUGACUAAUAUUGAGAGAUUGAAAUUAAUGUUACUGACAGAGAAUAAGAUUAAAAUCACGAGAACAAAACCUUCGACCGAAAUCGUUGUAUAUACAUAUAAGCUGUCAUACUUUGUUCACUUACCGAAAUAAAGGUCAUGUAAAUACUAA